UCUAGGUCCACUGUACUCCGUAGCAUUCCACCUGCUCACUCGGUUAAAUGAAAUCCCUUUUUUGCAACUCGUAUAAAUAACAAGCACGUAAUAUUUGCAUUUAUGUGCGGUAUUCGUAUAUCGUCGGCGGAGUAGCGAGAUCGGAAUGACUUCGGAAGGUUUCGUUUCUCGCCCUGAAUCCGAACCAGCUGUAUGGGACGGGCUGGACUGGUCGCAUUACUUCAUAACGGGUUCCAGCAAUUUCUAAAAAAGAAAAGAAUAUAAUAUAUGCUAGAGUUUAUCAAAGUGGACUUCUGUUCUUCGAAGCAUUUGGCGGCAUGUUUAGUGUCGAGUAUUCAAUGCCCAAUUGUCAAUAAUGGCGACUAUAUCGAAUGAUACGCCUCUCUGGAGGCUGCAACAGACAUUAAAUCACAUCCUGCCGCAAUCCGUUCACAAAGAUGAAGAAAACCUAGCUAUCGUUCACGGACCCACCCAGCCGGCGCUCUGGGAGAUGACAUUAGGCGAAUUGUUAGAAUUCCAGUGUUUGCGGUAUCGUGACUUAGAAUGUGUUGUUGUUCCCUGGACGGGGGCGCGAUGGACGUAUGGUCAACUCGAGCAUGAGAGUAGCCGCCUUGCGCGUGGCCUUUUGGCAAAAGGAAUUCAACGCGGAGAUAGAAUUGGGGUUAUGGCAGGCAAUUGCGAGGAAUAUGUGUCUCUGUUUUUCGCCGCUGCCCGGGUUGGCGCAAUCCUGGUAGUCAUCAACAACACCUAUACGCAUGCUGAGUUGAUGUAUGCUCUUAACCACACAGCGUGCAAAUUGCUCUUCAUUGUUCCUCGGAUCGGCCGACACGAUCUUGAGAAGGCAUUGGAAGACCUUGACUCUCCCGAUAUUUCACAACGACUUCCAAGUCUUGAGGAAACGGUGAUGAUUCAAGGGCACUUUAGAAACUUCGGAACAUAUGAAGAUGUUGUUCUUGCCGGAAACUCCGUUCCCUUGAAUGCGGUUCAGCGACGACAAGACACCUUAUCGCCAUUCGACGUCUGCAAUCUGCAGUUCACGAGUGGUUCAACUGGAAACCCAAAAGCUUCCAUGCUAACACAUCACAAUUUGAUCAAUAACUCGCGAUUCAUCGGUGAUCGGAUGGACUUUACUCAGUACGACAUACUCUGCUGUCCGCCACCAUUAUUUCAUUGUUUUGGGCUAGUCCUAGGGCUCCUCGCCUGCAUCACGCACGGGUCCAAGGUCGUGUAUCCAGCCGAAACCUUUGACCCCGAAGCAGUAUUGAGAGCGAUAUCAGAGGAGAGGUGCACUGCACUACAUGGAGUGCCCACAAUGUUCGAAGCAAUCUUGGCACUCCCAAGACCCGAUUCAUUUGACUCCUCACAACUCCGGACAGGCAUCAUCGCAGGUGCGCCAGUGCCGCGGCCACUUAUGAAACGGCUAUGGAAUGAGCUCAAUAUGACUGAGUUCACGAGCAGCUAUGGGCUGACCGAGGCUUCUCCAACAUGCUUCAACGCAUUCACCAGCGACUCAAUUGAUACCCGGCUCACGACCGUCGGCAAAGUGCUACCGCAUGCUAGGGCCAAAAUCAUUAAUCCCGAAACAGGGGAGACUGUGAAAAUUGGGGAGCGAGGAGAACUCUGUAUGUCUGGCUAUCAAGUUCAUAAAGGAUACUGGGACAAUCCAGAAAAAUCUGCCGAGACAUUGCUAGAAGAUGAGGAUGGCACGAUUUGGUUGCGGACUGGUGACGAGGCGGUGUUCAAUUCAGAUGGGUAUUGCAGCAUCACCGGGCGCUACAAGGACAUCAUUAUUAGGGGAGGAGAAAACAUCUAUCCUCUCGAAAUUGAGGAACGCCUCACAGCACAUCCAGCUAUCUCGCGAGCUGCAGUGGUUGGGCUACCCAAUAAGCAUUACGGGGAAGUUGUCAGCGCGUUCUUGGUGCUUAAAACUGGGCAUACUUGCCCACCUGAGGAAGAAAUAAGGAAUUGGACGCGGCAGACGCUCGGAAGACAUAAGGCUCCCAAGCAUGUGUUUGUGUUUGGCUUGGAUCCAAGGCUCCCGGCGGAUAUGCCACAGACUGGAAGCGGGAAGAUUCAAAAGCAAAUACUAAGGGAUCUGGGAAAGAAAUUGGUUGGGGACUGGCGUGCAGGUUAACGCAUAUAUAAUGUACUGUACAUGCAUACACACUUUAUAGACCGAAAGUAUCCAGUAUCGUCCAAAGUAGAACUUAUCUCAGGAUUUCAAACAGGUCUCUGUCUUCAAAACGAGACAAUCCGAAGCCAGACGCUCCAAAGUUUGAGGCUGGGUGAGGCUGAUAACUUAAGUUAAUACUGAUUACAUAAACGGCAACUUUUUUAAAGAGAUCUCGGGAUGGAGACAGAGCAGAGAACAAUAAAUCACAUAAAUCUAUUUAACCAUAAUUCAAUCCCAGCCUAACAGCCUUACGAAUCUUACAAUUUACUUUUGCUCUGCUUCGCCGUCCCAUUGCUAGUCACACUUCCGAAAUUCACCACCUCGAAAAACCGCACCCGCUCGCACCUCACCAUGGCAGACCUCUUGUGAGGCAGGUCUCCCCAUUUGUGAACGUGGAAGCCAUGCGCGGCAUCAUAUCCUAACACGGGCCCAUUGGCUGCGUUCGGUUCCCCGACUACACAUGUCGUGCGAGGUUCAUCAAGAAAUAUGUAAUGAAUCAGACUGGUCCACCAUGCCGUUGCCCGAUGCGGGCCGCGGAAUCGCGCAUCACCAACCAGCGAGUGUCGGCCACGAUCCCAAUCUAGGGCAGGGUAAUAUGUGCCCAUGUGGUCCUCCUACGUCGAGAAUUAUGAAGUUAGUGGUCAUGGCAACUGACAACAAAAUCUUUCCCGGUGGGGAUAGGAACAAAUAAUUUGAAAAAAAAAAAAAAAAAAAAAAAAAAAAAAAAAAAAAAAAAAAAAAAACCUCAAACGAACAGGGGAACAGAUCAUACCUUAGCCCAAUAGAUCUCGAAAUAGGCGAAAUAAGUAUCGUUAAAUCGCGCCAAUACCGCCAUCUGGUGCGGAUCUUCAUCGAUCUUUCGCAAAUAUUCGCGAUGCUCGUCCAGCGUACCAGUCUCUUUCCAGUUGACGGCGACUCGCGGAUCAUUCUGCCAAGUAUGAAACAGCUGGAGAUGUGUCUCAUUUCUGUAGUCGAGAUGAUCCAUGGCGAAAAAUUCAUCUAGGUGCGGAAUAUACCUGCUGUAUAUCGGUGCGCCACGGGCAGGCUUUGCCGGCCGGACUGGAUGUUGCGCAUGGACUGGCCGGUUUGUGAGUUGUGAUGUCAGAGUGUACUGAAGAGGGAAGGCUGGAUAUUCCGAUGGCUGCUUUCUGGCACUUCCUUCAAUCGAUGGGACAAGCCAUGCAGCCCGAGUCCCCAGUGGAGAACCUGCGCCUUGCCAGAAGGCCGCUCUAGAAACCAAAAUAUCCUCAAUUUUGCCCAACGGCUGCGGUUGAGCCGGGCUGGGGAAAUGCGUAGAAAGUCCCGUUGCAUUGCAUUCGGCGUAUAACAGGUCCUUCUGCGCGCCCGACAGAGAAAGUCGGAAGGAUUCUUCUGAUGGCCUCAUAGAGAAGAUCGCGUAGACCAUCGUCCAUAGCUGGCCAACCGUUGGUGCCGACUCUCCAUCCCAAGUCACAAAUGAUACCAUAUUGCGGCAAGCCCGCGCCCAAGCGGUGUUAUCUGAUUCGGCUGGUAAGGUAGCCUCAGGACCGGGGAUCAACUCGCUGAAGUAGAGCAUGUCGUGAUGCAACGGCUCCGGGGGGGGAAUGGCGCCAUUAUUCUGAUCGCUUGACAGUCGAAGUUGGAAAAUCCUGCCAUUAGGUCCUGAGGAAGCCUGGUACAGUUCAUAUUUUGUUUUGUACGGCUCUGGAAGCCGCACGAGCGGCAAAUCGCGCAUCUCAGGGGAGGAGCUCAUUUUUAACGUAUGAUAGCCUGUAUAGCUGUGCAAUGAUAUACGGAUCGUGGAAGCCUAACGGAAUGAAAGAAUGCAACAGCCUCAGGUUUAUCCAAUAAGUUUCAGGGAAGCCAGGGAGGUUGACUAUAGCAGGUGAGUUGUCGCACUGCUUGUCCCCAGCAAUGCAACCUUUGAAAAAGCAGACUCCAAGCGCCAUGCCGUGUAGUCGAAUGCUAGGGGCUGCAACAUGAUGCUCCAACCCCUCCUCGGUUCUUUUCCAAGAAUACCGAGAAUGUGGACUUGCAACCGACUGGUGGAUGCUUCCAACGUAUCCGUCCCGGUCGGGGGAAAAUACAGGGGUUUCCACUCAGGGGUAAAAUAGGUAUACAAGGUAUAUUACCAUCGGUACGAAGUAUUCAAAUAAUACAGCAAUAUACGGAAUCAUCACAGCCCGAGCUGAGCUCAUGAAACCACCCGCUCUUCGAAAACAUGAUUACGGUGACAAGAGCGCUUAAAACUAUCCUUGGUCUAGCCCCGCCCCUAUCAUCUCGGAUGAUAAACAUCCCGAUUUGACCCGGCUGCUACGCUAGAGUGUUAAGAAACAUUUCCAGACAAUAAUGCAGGAACGUGAUAGACACCAGUCGGCGAAGACAGAAGUCAAGCUACGAAUCGUAGAGGAAAACAUCCUAUUCUUUCUCAAUGAUAUUCAUCAGGCUCAGUUAAGUUAAAACCUCACAUUCUCGAAUCUACGCAAGAACUAUCGAAGCAAGAAAGAAAACAGCAAAGAUUCGAACCACCCGCUUCAAUUAGCUUCAUGCCGAGGAGGCUGGGCUACAGCCGCAUGGUGCUUCAAGCUUAUAGUUGCGGGCCUUAGAACCAGCCACCAGGAGAACAAGUUCCUGAACCCGUCGUGGCGCCAUACCUGUGUCUGAAUUUGGUUUGCAGAAUUUCCCGGAGGGCCAGCUCCGGCGGAGCGGAAGCAUACAUGGAGGAAAAUUUUUUCUCCAAGGCAGGGAAAAGGGCAGUAGCUUGUUGUGUCAUUCCUCGGUAGCAUCCACAACAACAAGGAAUGGCAAAUUCCUCCUGAUGAUCACGCUGAAGGGGCCUGUUUUUGGGCCCGCAAAUUGGGUUUGUAAUAUACGAGAGGAUCUGUUCAAAUUACCAGUGUGGGGCAUCCUGUUUGAAAGGUUAAAAUUUUACAUACAUACAUACAUACAUACAUACA